GAGGAGGCCACGAGCCACACUCAGACUGGACCCACUUGCAGUGCAAAAAGAUCACAAGCAAGAAGACUCCGAAGCCGGGAGUAGAAGUACCAACAUUUCUUCUGGAGCUUAGAGAGAAAAGCCUUUCCUUUGGUUCUUUCACGGACUUUCUGCUGGAGCUCCAAUUUCAUCGAUUUGUCCCUCCGCUAUAAGCCAGUUUCCUCUGGAAAUAGCAGCCAAACAAAGUUGGUAGUAAACUCUUUGGAGUUUGGUUAGAGUCGCAUUAUUAUUUCUUUGCUUGUGAGAGUGGACUGCACUGAAACUUGGGAUCGACCCGACCGUCUCCUUUUGUCGGGGGUCGCGGGUUUGGAUCUGGCGCAUCCUUUCGCAUCACUGCGAAAGUUUUUGGCCAGAGCGCAGAUCUGAAGACUUUGAGUCGAGUCAGAGUUUGAGACAAACUCAGCAGCUGCUGCCGUCGAGUCCUGGUCCGAGACACGCGGUCAGAGAGCCACUGACAAGACGUCAAAGAAGACUUUUCAAGAUCCCUCUUUGUGACCAACAUGAUUUAUUAAAACAAAAAAUAACUACAGAGGGGUUUUGAAGAUAAUCUGAGAUCUGAAACAAGUGCAGUAACUUGCAACAAAGAAAACAAAGAAUCAACUAUCCAAGCCGACCCGAUGGCGUGGUCAGCUCACACUGGCCCCUGUGCGGCCCUCGUUCUGCUCCUCUUCGGUUUGACCUCCUGCACCCCCUCUGGCCCAGCCUCCGCCACCUGCGCCACCCUGGAGCAGAGUCGCUUCUUUGGUGUGUUCUCCUCCACGACCACCCUGCCUUCGUCCCCAUGCUCCUGGACCCUGCAGAAUCCCGAUCCUCGCCGCUACACCGUCUACAUGAAAAUCACCAAGCCCACCGACUCCUGCGUGCCCCGUCACAUCAGAACCUUCCAGUUCGACUCCUUCAUCGAAACCUCUCGCACCUACCUGGGCAUGGAGAGCUUCGACGAGGUCGUCAGGCUGUGUGACGCUUCCACCACUGUUACUUAUCUGGAGUCCAGCAAGCAGUUCCUGCAGAUUCGCAAAGUGACCCCAACAAACGCUCUGGAGACCGUGGAAGAGGAGCAUGGUGUCAGCGAGUUCAAGGCUGAGUUUCUGGUUGUGGGGAAGAGGAACCCAAGCAUGCCUGCCUGCCAGAUGUUGUGCCAGUGGCUGGAGAAAUGCCUGUCAAGCAGCACCCACGACUAUCCCUGUGGCAUCAUGAACACCCCUUGUCAGUGUUGGGAAGCACCAAAGAGGAAGCCAGGAAGCUGCUACAGGGGCGGUGUCUACGUUGAGAAAUGCUCCUCAGUUCCCAAAGACAACGGACGUGAUGCUGAGAUUAUCAAGGGCUGGGCCGGUUGGGGCCGCUGGUCUGUGUGCAGCCAGGAGUGCGGCGGCGGAGUCCAGGUGCGCAGCCGAACCUGCCAGCCCGAGGACGACGUGUGCGCGGGAACAGUGGAGGAGGGACGCGCUUGCAACCCCCAGCCCUGCAUCGGCAAAGAGCGUAUCAGGAGCCAGGGUCUGCGUGCCAUUGUUGGUCUGAAGAGAGACGGCACUGAUGAGUCAAACCUCGGAGCUGUUGCCCCUCAAACAGAUGCAAAGACAGACGAGUGGGCUGCCUGGAGUGCAUGCUCAGUCACAUGUGGAGAGGGCUGGCAGAGUCGUACCCGCCUCUGUGCCACUUCUUCCUUCAGCACCCAAUGCACCGGCCCCCUGAGAGAGAACCGGCCGUGCAACAACACAGCUGUCUGCCCUGUGGACGGCGCUUGGGAUGAAUGGACCCCCUGGAGCUUGUGCUCCUCCACAUGCGGUCGCGGUUAUCGUGCACGCACGCGCACGUGCAGGCAGCCCCAGAACGGAGGGGAACCUUGCCGCGGCCCAACAAAGCAAACUAAGUUCUGCAACAUCGCUGUCUGCCCAGUGGACGGAUCCUGGAAUGAGUGGUCCACCUGGACUGCCUGCUCUGCCUCCUGCUCCAACGGAACCAGGCAGAGAACAAGGGAGUGCAACGGGCCUUCCUACGGUGGCUCUGAGUGCCACGGCAGCUGGAAGGAGUCAGCAAGCUGCUUUCUGAAAGACUGUCCUGUUAAUGGAACCUGGCAUUCAUGGAGCACCUGGGGCAGCUGCAGUAGGACGUGUGGUGGAGGCGUCCAGCAGAGACAGAGAGUGUGUGAAGGGCCUUUCUUUGGAGGAGAAACUUGCCCCGGUGAAACCAAAGAGCAGAAGCGCUGCAAUGAGAAAAGAUGUCCUGAGCCCCAUGAGAUCUGCCCUGAGAAGAAUACUGGAGAUGUUGUGUGGAAGAGGACUCCUGCUGGAGACGUCGCUGCUGUCACCUGCCCCGCUGAUGCCUCAGGCCUGAUUCUGCGCCGCUGCACCCUUGAUGCUAUUGGGCUCGCCUCCUGGGAGAACCCAACUUACAUCCAGUGUGUCUCGAAGAACUACGAGAACAUUCAGAUGCUGUCAAGGGACUACAUCUCCAAAGCGCAGAUGGGGCAAAGCAUUGAUGGCGUUGCCGAAGUGAUUUCCCGCCUGAGAUUCUCUUCUGAUGAACAGGCUAAAUACAGCGGCGACCUCUUGGCUGUCAUGGAAACCCUGAGGAACACCACCGAACUGUACAAGGCCACCAGGCUGAGGCUGAGCAACGCUGAUGUGGAGAACUACGUCCAGACCAUCAGCAACUUACUGAAGGAGGAACAUCGCGACAAAUGGGAAGAGGCACAACUGAUGGGCGCCAACAUGAAGGAGUUCCUCCGCCUCGUGGAGGACUUUGUGAACAUGAUCGGUGUGCAAAUGAGCGGCUUCCAGGACAUUUACGAAGUCACAGAGAAUUUAGUGCUGAGCGUCCACAAACGUCCAACAUCUACAAGCUCCAACUUCACCUUUCCUGUGAAGGGAUGGAGAGGUAUGCUGGACUGGGUCAGAAGCUCCGAGGAGAAGAUUUCUGUGUCCAGGGAGGCUCUGUCCCUCAAACAGUCAGAGGGCAACGACGCUUUUGUGACCGGAAUCGUCCUCUACAGAAACCUUGCUUCAAUCAUGUCCCUCCAGAGUAACACCACCAUGCUUAACUCUAAGGUGGUGUCGGUGAUUGUAAAACCCACCCCGACCCUCCUGUCAUCGCCCGUCGAGAUCGAGUUCCCCCAUCUCCACAACGGCACAGUCAAUGAAACAUGCCUCUCAUGGGAUGAAAGUGACACUUCCUCUCUCCUCGGGUCUUGGUCUGCUCGGAGCUGCAGAGCGGUGCCCGUUCAUUCCUUCAGAACCAAAUGCGUGUGUGACAGCCUCUCCACCUUCGCCAUUUUAGCACACACCAACUUGGACUCGGUCAUGGACAAGCAACUGCUCCCGUCCGUGACUCUCAUCGUCGGCUGUGGGGUCUCUUCUCUCACCUUGCUGCUCCUCAUCAUCAUCUACGUCUCCGUUUGGAAGUACAUUCGCUCAGAGCGUUCAGUUAUCCUCAUCAACUUCUGCCUCUCCAUCAUAUGCUCAAAUGCCCUCAUUCUUGUUGGACAAACUCAGGCUCGCAACAAGGUGGUGUGCACUCUCGUAGCGGCUCUCCUCCACUUCUUUUUCCUCUCCUCUUUCUGCUGGGUGCUGACUGAAGCUUGGCAGUCCUACAUGGCUGUCACUGGUCGUCUGCGCAACCGCAUCAUCCGCAAGCGCUUCUUGUGCUUGGGCUGGGGCCUUCCUGCUCUGGUAGUGGCCAUCUCUGUUGGUUUCACCAAAGCUAAGGGAUACGGCACCGUCAGCUACUGCUGGCUGUCUCUUGAGGGCGGGCUCCUCUACUCCUUCGUCGGCCCAGCUGCAGCUGUUGUUUUGGUGAACAUGGUCAUUGGUAUUCUCGUCUUCAACAAGCUCGUUUCUAAGGACGGCAUCACCGAUGUGAAACUGAAGGAAAGAGCUGGGGCAUCGCUGUGGAGCUCCUGCGUGGUCCUGCCUCUCCUGGCUCUCACCUGGAUGUCCGCUGUCCUGGCCAUCACAGACCGCCGCUCUGCCCUCUUUCAGAUCCUUUUUGCCGUCUUCGAUUCUCUGGAGGGUUUCAUCAUCGUCAUGGUGCACUGCAUCCUGCGCAGAGAGGUUCAGGAGGCUGUGAAGUGCAGAGUGGUUGACCGCAAAGACGAUGGAAAUGGAGACUCUGGCAGUUCUCAUCACAAUGGCCACCCCCAGCAUAUGUCUGAUCAUGAAAAGGACGGAGACUCAAGCAGACAAGGAAUGAAGAGCUCUUCUGAAGAGAAGAUGCUUCCUCCUCAGCAGCCUCUUCCCAUGGGCUCCAACUUCCACACCCUGCCAUCCAAGGGCAGCCACAUGCAGGCUGUCCCUGAGUACUCCAGCCACACGCUGACCCUGAAGAGGGAGAAAAGCCGGCUGGCCGGAGGAGUCGACCCAUCCUGCGGAAAACCCGUGUACGUCUGCGAGGGGGAGCUCUUCCAGCAGCUGGAUGCGGAUCUGGCCCUGGCUCAGGCCGAAGGCAGCCUCUCUGAUGGCAGCGGCUACGUCGUCAUGCCCAACACCACAUCCACCUUGAGGUCCAAGCCCAAGGAUGACCCGACAAAAUACAACAUCAACGUAGAGCAGCUGCCACAGGCCAGACUCAUGCACCUCGGCGGGCCUUUCGCAGAGCCCCAGGCCGCUUUUGGGAUGUCGUCGAUCCCUCCCGACCAGGUCAGCGUGUCGUAUUCGGAGAGAGACUCUCCGAUCCAGAACAUCCACAACAUGUCCAGCGAAUCUCACAUCACCCACAGCAGCUUGGAGAACACCUUCGAGUCCAUGAACUCAAUGAUGUCCAAGAGCGAGACCAUCUCCACUCUGUCCAUGAGCUCCUUGGAGAGACAGAAAUCUCGUUACGCCGAUUUGGACUUUGAGAAAAUAAUGCACACCAAGAAACGCCACCAGAACAUGUUCCAGGACCUCAACAGGAAGAUGCAUCACGUCGAGAAAGACAGAGAGUCUCCUGCUUCUGACAGCAAGUCUGUGAGAUGGAGUGUGUCUUCUGGAGGAAGUGACAAAACAAACCACAGCGAUAAGCAGCAGGCUCCAAUGGAGAGACCAUGGGAAGGAGUCCGGGGAAUACCCCAGUCACCCCCUGCAUGGGUGCGGAAAGAUCUGGAGCCCCUAGCCUCCUCGCCUCUGGAGCUUCACUCUGUGGAGUGGGAGAAGACGAGCACCACCAUCCCCUUGGUGGGGCAGGACAUUAUCGACCUGCAAACAGAGGUCUGAGGAGGAGGAAGGAGGCUGCUGAAGCCACCUGAUUUCACCUCAGUCACCUCUUUUGGUUUGGGAAUAGCAUCCUUCAACGGAGAGGGUAGAGAAACCAAAAAAGGGUGGAGAGUAGGUCCCAGAAUCAUUGUCUUCAAACCCUCAACCAGAGCAAGAAAGGGAGAGAGGGAAUGAGAGUGGGAGUGCUGGAGAUGUUUAAUGUAGCUUCUCUGUGUGGACUCUGAAAGGUCAGAAAGGGUUAAUGGAGCGAUCCGUGGCGUCCAUGGACCGGGACUGUCUGUGGCUCCAUUCAUGCUUCACUGGGAGAUUCCUGAACCCUGCAGCGUGGGUUUCAGAAGAUGUGCUCGACGUGUCCGUGCUUCUUUCGCUCCUUCAAAGCAACUUUGGAGGAAAAUAAGUGACACUGAACUGCUGCGUCCUCCCUGCUUCUCAGGAGGAGCAGCCCAGAACUUCUGGCUGAUGUUUCAGCUACGUUACCUUCCAAAACAAAGACAAGGCGAAUGAGAAAAAAGGGACUAGUUUCAUGCUCCUGUGGUAGAUUGGGCACACUUUUAGUUUUUGUGCAUCAUUUUUGCUUUAUUUUGAGUCAGAGCAGAAAAGAAGACGUUACCAUGAUGCUUCUCGCCAAUUUUAUCACCAUAGUUCUUAUUUUCUUUAAUAAUUACUGUUCCUGCUAAACAUAAAAUACUGAAUUUUGGUUUUCUACUUAUUUCAUUACUGUCAGACUCCGUGUUUACUGUUUUAUGUACAUGUUUACCAACAAAAUGCACCGCAAACAAAAGCAUCCGUCACGUGUUGCGAGCCCAUGUGGACUGCAUCGGGACAAACAUGUGGAGUGGUGAUGGAGACGGCGGCUUAGUGAACCAACACCAGCACCAGGAUGAUCACGGACUCUUGCACGGGAAGAGCAGUGCACUCUGGGAAACGCUGGCUGGCACUGGCACGAGGUGCAGGCUCUUCCAUGUCGUACAUGUGGAUUUUAAAAAAGGAGGCCUUUCAUCAUCGCCCGUUUUGUUUCUCAGCCUUGCAGGACUCUUGGACUGAGCGGAGGCUCCGGGUCCUCGAAACUUCAACACGUUAGUGUUUUUCUGCCAUCAGUGUGAAAUAGUGCAAUAUGAUGGGCGCUUGAUGCUCAAGCAAGACAGAUAUUACGAGUUUUUUUUCCUACUGAGAUUUCAAAACUUUUAUACCAUCUUCCAUAUAUUUACAGAGCACAUAGAUGCUUUAUGAGAAUAUUUAUAACAAAUCUGUAGGAAGGAAUUUAUUCGUUAGAGAUUUGUUUGCAGAACACUCCAUAUUUGGAGCUCUCUGUGAUCAGUAGACAAUUGUACUUCUAUAACACAUUAAAUAGAGUGAAUGAUAGCCUACAGUUAUCUCCUAUGUGCUUCAGGAUAUUUGUUAUUACUCUGAGCUGAAAGGCGACAGGUAAUAGAACCUCAUGUCUUCUGUAACGGCGUGUUACUGUAGCCCACCUGUUCCCUUCACCCUGACCCAAAAACCCCCCCUUGAGUUACUGGUAUUGAAAACCCUGACUGUAUUUUCAUGUUUUUUAUGUCCCGUUUAACCCGUGUUCAUGUACAGUUUUCACAGCACAAAAAUGAAUGUGACUUCUUUCUAAUAAAACAAAUCUAUAUUACAUAA